AUGGCGGCGCUGCAGGAGAAGAAGUCAUGCGGGCAGCGGAUGGAGGAGUUCCAGCGCUACUGCUGGAACCCGGACACCGGGCAGAUGCUGGGCCGCACGCUGUCCCGCUGGGUGUGGAUCAGCCUCUACUACGUGGCCUUCUACGUGGUCAUGACGGGCAUCUUUGCUCUCUGCAUCUACGUGCUUAUGUGCACCAUCGACCCCUACACACCCGACUACCAGGACCAGCUCAAGUCACCAGGGGUGACCUUGAGGCCAGACACCUAUGGGGACAAAGGCCUGGACAUCGCCUACAAUGUGUCUGACAACAGGAGCUGGACAGGGCUCACACAGGCGCUGCGGCUCUUCCUGGCAGACUACUCGCCCGCAGCCCAGGAGGACAACAUCAACUGCACGUCCGAGAGGUACUUCUUCCAGGAGCACUUCCUGGCCCCGAACCACACCAAGUUCUCCUGCAAGUUCACAGCAGACAUGCUGCAGAAUUGCUCCGGCCAGCCGGACCCCACCUUCGGUUUUGCAGAGGGAAAGCCAUGCUUCAUUAUCAAGAUGAACAGAAUCGUCAAGUUUCUCCCCGGCAACAGCACGGCCCCCAGGGUGGACUGCGCCUUCCUGGACCAGCACCGGGAUGCCCCGGCUCUGCAGGUGGACUACUUCCCGCCCAGUGCCUCCUACAGCCUGCACUACUUUCCCUACUACGGGAAGAAGGCCCAGCCCCACUAUAGCAACCCACUGGUGGCCGCGAAGCUCCUCAAUGUCCCCAAGAACAAGGAGGUGGUUGUCGUGUGCAAGAUCCUGGCAGAGCACGUGACCUUCAACAACCCCCAUGACCCCUACGAGGGGAAGGUGGAGUUCAAGCUGACAAUCCAGAAGUAG